CCGCUUUGCUUUGCUUUCCUCCCAUCGAGCCUCUCUCCCCUUCCCCUCAUGUCCAGCACGGGUUUCUUUGGCAACCCACUGGUGUGUAGGAGCCAAGGAUUUGGAAAGCAGGCAGCACUCUCCUCGGACACUCCCAACUUUCCUUGCUUCUCGCUCAUCUUUUUCUUUUUUUUUUUUUUUGUUGCUCCUCUGUGUCUGGAAGGCUGAUUCAAACCUCUCGGCUGCAAUCCGCCUGUGUCACCAGGCCUGGGUUAAUGAGAUUAGCACGUGCAGCACAGCUUGUAGCUUUGCAUGUUGUGGUGGUGGUGGUGGACACCCUCAGUGGGUCGCCAGAGAACUAACCGGGACCUCCUUUCUUAUAUUAGCCAUGCAGCUAGACUCGCGACGCUCUCUCUCUCUCUUUCCGGACUUGAAUGCUACCUGACUUCAUUCUCUCUCUCUCUCUCUCCCUCACGCUGUCCCAAAGCUGCAAAAACUGCUUUCUCGCUGCAUCACAUCUAGUGCAGCUGCAUUUCUUUCCAUUUUCUUGUUUCAAUUCACCCUCUGCUACCAUUUUUUUCCCCCUUUCCUUUGCCAAAAUGUACCGGAACCCGUGGAUUUCCAAUUAUCUGAGCCAUGUCAAGUUUUGCAGUGAAGGACUCGCGAGCGACAGCCCUAUUUCACUUGGCAAUACCAGAUUGCUUCAGAGGAGAGCUCUUGGCUUCCAAAAAGAAUUCUCCUUUGACGAAAAAGGUGAUCCAAUCAAAGUUCCCAAAGAGACAGAUGUUAGUCUCUUGGCUAAUCUCAACAAAGUCUCUGAGUUGAGGAAACGAUUUGAAGGCAUCACCACAAGCGCGAGUGACUGGGAAAUGAACAGAAAAGAGCGCAUCGCUCGGCGAGUGGAAGGCAUUGAGGGUGAGGUGCCCAAUCUGGUGGCCAACCGACUUCUGGAAGAAGAUACCCCACGAUACACAAGAGCUUCUGACCCCUGCGAGCCAUGCGGUGUUACUGUGCAGAGGUACGGGAUGGAAGGGUUUGAAAAUCCAGAUCUGCAGCCGAUGGUUCCCGAGCGACAGUCCAAAACUCAAUGCAGAUCUGAUCCUAAAGCCGCCAUUCGCAACGAUCAUGUCUCCAGUUCAUCCUCAUCCACCAAAGUGGCUCCAGAGCUCGAGUCCAAAGCUGAACGCAUUGCCCGCUACAAGGCGGAGCGGCGUCGGCAGCUAGCCGAGCGCUACGGCAUCUCUUUGGACCAGGAGCCGGACAUGGAGCAUCCAUCCCGGUACACUCGUACUCUGAAAGAGCCUGAAGGUUCCGAGAGGCGCAACACAUCGGCGUUUGUUCCAGAUGCAGAGAGCCAUGUCGCAAUGAAUUCCUACGCCUCCGCCAGUAGCCCCAGGAGAGGGCAAAGUGUGCCCCAACAUGGCCACCCCGAAAGCCACUAUGAAACGAGUCGAAGCAGAGUCGACUCGUUCUCAGAGAGGGAAAGACUGAUGAACUUGGAGAAUCAACGCAGAGCAGCCGCUCCCGAGUCCUCCACUUACAUGGAUGUUACAUCAUUAUCGUCCAGUGCUGCAGUGCCGGCUAAGGACUACACAGCCACGGGCGUACCGCCAAGCUCACCCAAGAUGAGCCCACGGCCUUCUCUUCCCUCCCCUAAACACGGGGUGUCACCCGGAGACCUCUUUAUUGAACAGCAGGCCCAUAACAUACUCAACAGACACGGUACAAGGGCAAAACUGUGCACUGAUUGGUUCCUCAAGACUGACGCUGAUGGCGACACCCACUCCUUAAUCAACUGGCCCUCGAGAAUCCGAGUUAGGGAGAGGCUUGCCAAGGAGGACUGUCGCCAGAGGAGCCCAGAGCUGGGAAGUGUCGCAGAGGCUCCGACAUACCGCCGACAAUUUCAGCACCAGCCGUCCGUGCGAUACAAUACGGAUCCAAUGAUUCCCCAGCAUAACCACUCCUACCCUCACCAUCAUGCACAAUCUCUGCGUUGUCCCUCGGGCCCACCGGCAGCACCGGAUAUUGCUGGUUACCCCGGUUAUCUAUCCAUGACCUCCGGUGCUCCACCCGGAGUGGAGCAGCUCCCAGAUGAAGAAAGUGAGGAGACGGGCGGCAUUAGGACAGAGGGCCUCCUACGUAGUAGGAAGGCAGUACUACCCUCGGAGAUCCGCCGCAGGGAGAGGAGCACAGAGGACCCGCGCAGAGGAAGAGGAGAAGAUGAGAUGAGUACUUCCAAAGCGUUGACUGAGAUUGAAGAUCCUGUAAGAAGAGGUCACAGAGGCAGAGCCAGAUGGGAAACCGUUGAGCCCUCCAGACACAGCAGGCCCCGAGAGCGUGAGAAUCUCAUUUACGUCCACAGAGGCGUGUCUGCAUCUUACGUCCAACCCAAAGCAGAUCCCGGUGAUCAAGAGCAAAGCAAUAGGAGCUUGCAUCACCCCAUGCAGCAUCCUCAAGCGAUCAAGAAAGAUCAUGCCGAGAUUCUCCAGGACAGCCGUGUGUCUGUGGCCCAGCUCAGAAAUUCUUACAUGGAAAGCUCCGCCAAUCCUCAAACGGGCCGCACGGCCGCACUGUCCUGCGUGAGCACCGAGUUGGCUACCAAUGAAGCCGACGAAGAGAAGCUGGACGAACGGGCCAAACUGAGCGUCGCGGCCAAGCGCUCUCUCUUUAGGGAGCUGGAGAAAAAUAUCGGCUCCGGGAAACCCCGCUCGAGGAACGCCGCAGUGGACCGCAGGCUGAGGCGGACACAGGACCGAUCCAGAACUCAGCCAGUCACCACCGAGGAGGUGGUCAUCGCCACCACCGCUCCCCCCCCCCAUGUGCCACAGACUAUGACAGCGCACGCUGCUGUAGCGCGCGUCUCUAGCCCCACCCUCGUUUGCAGCGCCUUCCCUCCAAGCAGCCUGCAGGCGUCGUCGCAUCACCACGCCACCGCCCGGGAGCAGGCGCCAAAGGCUCAACGAACACAAGAGACUCAGAAGUGCAAGGAGGCGGCCUCAAUGGAAGAUCAAGCGCAGGCCAAUGAGGAGCCUGACCUCUGCACGCUCAGCCUGGCGGAGAAGAUGGCGCUGUUUAACCGGCUGGCUCAGCCCCCCACGAGAGUGACACGCACUAGGGGCGACACGCGCCAGCGCCGGAGCAACGCCCGCUAUCGGACGCAACCCAUCACUCUUGGUGACAUGGAGAAGGAGUCUUCAGAUGUUGACUGCCAGGAUGAACAGGAGCGUUAUGAGAAGCCGGUAGAAGUCCACCAACUUCAGAAUGGAACAGGUUCUGGGUUUGAACACCUCCCUGCGUCGUCAUCCUCGGCGCCGAGAGGAGGCACGGUGUCCACCGACAACGCAGGCGACAUCCACUUAACGAGUUUGCCGGUUGAAUCCGCCCCGAGGCCCCGCGACCCCGCGGACCACUACGCUCGGGCUUAUCGAGCGUCGCAGCAUGCGGAGGAAGGAACAGAGCAGGCAGGGGGGAAGAGGGCGCUCCCCUCUCCUGAGGGAGAAGUCAGGCAGGCAGCCCUGCCUCAGCCACACACUGGAAAAGAGCGAAGGGAGGAAGAGGAGGACCAGUGGCUAUCCAGAGGCAGUUUUGAUGAAAACAUGCCGGACUCGAACCACGAUAUGUUGCUGGAGAUGCAGGAACAAAAGGGUCAUCCAAGGAGCAGGACCUUCAGUGGAGCCGAGCUGCCCGAGCUCACUUUUGUGAGAUCCAGAGCAGCGUCCGCUUCAUCGAGGGGCGGCGUACGCCAGCUUGACGUGGUCGAAACGUACUCCGACGACGCGGAACUAACAGCCGGCACGUUGCAAGAGGACAUGUGCGACAUGACGGCCAAACACAUGUCCAUCAAACAGAGGGUGGCUUUGCUAAAGAAGAGCGGCGAGGACGACUGGAGGAACAGGAUCAACAAAAAGCAGGAUGCAGUGAAGCUCGCCGUGGCUGAGCAGCACGCUCACCUGUGGGAGGAGAGCUUCAAGAAGAAGGGCGAUGAGAAACUGAUGAUCGAUGAUCUUGCGGUGUCUGACCAACUAUGGGCCCCCAAAUCGUUCAGAUCAAUGCAGUUGGAUAAGAGGCACCCCUGGAGACGGAAGAAAAUCACCGAGGCCGCAAUGGAGUCGCAGAGGAUUGAGGCUCAGAUGUCCAUCCAGGAGAGGAAAGAGCAGAUCGAAGCUCAAGAGGAGGCGUGGAAGUCGAAAGGCUACGGAGCGGCCAACGAUUCCACCCAGUUCACUGUGGCUGCACGCAUGGCGAAGAAAGGGUUGGUCUCCCCCUCAUCAUUGUCGUCACCUAAACCCAAGAACGGCGGUCCUGCCAUCUCCAAACCGCACGAUGAGAUCAAGGCGGUGCCGGAUCUGAACCUGGAGUCGGACAGGAAACUGGAAAAGCUGGAGUCAUUCCUCGGCAAGAUCAAUAGUAAAGUAGCAUCGCUGCCCGAGGCCACUGUCAUGGUCACAGAGAAGAAGAUCAAAGAAGUCAUGACGCUGGAGGAUGAGACUUUUUCCAAGUUCUAUCGCCAAGCGGAGGACCCGCCAAGCAUCACCAACAAGGUGGAGCUGGCCGAUGACUUUGACGCAAUCUUUGGGCCUCAGGUUCCAACGCUGAUGUCGGACAUGGUGCAGCACAAGCGAGCGGUGCGCCCGACGCGUAACGUACCGGCAUCGAAGAACCCGCUCAAGAUGCUCGCUGCCAGAGAGGACAUCAGACACGAAUACACGGAGCAGCGCCUUAACGUCGGUCUGCUGGAGAGCAGGCGGAUGAAGGCGGAGAAAACCAACAAGAACUCCAAUUUGUCCGAUGUGGCCCUGGCCGGUCUCGCAAGCAAAGAGAACUUCAGCAACGUCAACCUGCGCAGCGUGAACAUCUCUGAGCAGAUGUCCAACAACAGUGCCGUGCCCUAUAAGAAAUUGAUGCUCUUACAGGUCAAAGGCCGCCGGCAUAUCCAGACCAGGCUAGUGGAGCCGAGAGCAUCAUCACUGAACAGCGGCGAUUGUUUCCUCCUCGUCACUCCUCAUCACUGCUUCAUCUGGACCGGAGAGUUUGCCAACGUCAUUGAGAAGAACAAGGCUUCGGAGUUGGGCAACUUCAUCCAAAGCAAGAGAGAUCUGGGUUGUCGUGCCGACUAUGUCCAGGUCAUCGAGGAAGGCGUCGAUAUUCACAGCCACGCUGCCAAGGAGUUUUGGAAGAUCCUGGGAGGCCACGCGAGUUACCAGGCAGCGGGAACGCCGGAUGAAGACGAGCUUUACGAGGGCGCCAUUGUAGAGACAAACUGUAUUUACCGUCUGAUGGACAACAAGCUGGUUCCAGAUGACGAUUUUUGGGCCAAGAUACCCCGAUGUUCCUUACUCAAGCCGAAGGAGGUUCUGGUUUUUGACUUUGGGAGUGAGAUGUACAUUUGGCAUGGGAAGGAAGUGACCCUGGCUCAGAGGAAGGUGGCCUUCCAGCUGGCCAAACACCUGUGGAACGGAACGUUUGACUACACAAAUUGUGACAUCAACCCUCUCGAUCCCGGAGAAUGCAACCCCCUCAUUCCAAAGAAAGGCCUGGGCCGUCCCGACUGGGCAGUGUUUGGCAGACUGACUCAUCACAAUGAAACCACGUUGUUCAAAGAGAAAUUCUUAGACUGGAGCGACUCCAGGAAAAACCCCAGCCCCACUCAAACCAGCAAUGACCAUACGAUGGAUCACAAGGACCAGCAGCCCGCCUCAGAUCAGCCCCGUGCCUACGACGCCGCCCUCAUGAUGCCCCUCCACCGGGCGCCCGUGUGCACCGUCGUGGACGGCUUGAACGUGGGGCGGGGCUACGGGUCGGUGGAGGUGGACGACUGGCGCUGCUACGAGAUCAGCACGCUCGCCGUGGAGGUGUGGCACAUCCUGGAGUUCGACUACAGCCGCCUGCCGCGUCAAAGCAUCGGCCAGUUCCACGAGGGCGAUACCUACGUGGUGAAGUGGAAAUAUAUGGUUAGCACCGCAGUUUGGAAGCGACAGAACCCCGAGCAGCUGAAAACGGCGGGGCCGGGCAAAGAGAAAUGCUGCUACUUCUUCUGGCAGGGUCGCAACUCCACAGUCAGCGAGAAAGGAACGUCGGCGCUCAUGACUGUUGAGCUGGAUGAGGAGCGAGGAGCACAAAUUCAAGUCCAGCAGGGAAAAGAGCCCCCGUGUUUCCUGCAGUGCUUCAAAGGAAGGAUGAUCGUCCAUGCAGGGAAGAGAGAAGAGGAGGAGGAAACCUCACAAAAUGACUGGCGCCUGUACUGCGUGCGUGGAGAAGUGGAGGUGGAGAGCCACCUUGUGGAGGUGGCGUGCCACUGCAGCAGCCUGCGCUCCAGAGUCUCCAUGGUCCUGCUGAGCGUCAGCCAGUCCCUCAUCUACCUCUGGCACGGCUGCAAGUCGCAAGCGCACACACGGGAGGUGGCGCGCACUGCUGCCAGCAGAAUCAAAGACCAUUGUCCUCUGGAAGCAGGCCUCCACAGCAGCAGCAAGGUAACCAUACGAGAAUGUGACGAGGGAGCGGAACCUCAAGGAUUCUGGGAGGCCCUCGGCAGGAGAGACAGGAAGGCGUACGACUGCAUGCUGCAAGAUCCUGGCAGGUUCAACUUCACACCUCGUCUAUACCAGCUGAGCAGCAGUUCGGGGGAAUUUGUAGCGGUGGAGUUUCUCUACCCAGCCAGGGACAGCCAGCAGGUCAACUCGAUGCCUUUCCUGCAAGAGGACCUUUAUUCCGCCUCCCAACCAGCGCUGUUCCUGGUGGAUAACCACCAUGAAGUGUACCUGUGGCAGGGCUGGUGGCCUCAGGAUAGCGAAAGUACCGGCUCGGCCCGAAUCCGUUGGGACUCGGACAGGAAGUGCGCAAUGGAGACUGUGCUGCAGUAUUGCCGAGAAAAGAAUCCCAAAAAAGCCCCGAAGGCGUAUCUGAUCCACGCCGGCCUGGAGCCGCUCACCUUCACCAACAUGUUUCCCAGCUGGGAGCACCGCGAGGACAUCGCCGAGAUCACGGAGCGGGAGGCCGAGGUGUGUAACCAGAUUAUUCUGGUGGAAGAUGUCUUAGCCAGACUAUGUCAGACCGCAUACCCUCUGGAGGAUCUCCUGGCCCGGCCGCUGCCUGAGGGCGUCGACCCCCUGCGCCUGGAAGUCUACCUCUCGGAUGAGGACUUUCAGGGCGUGGGGGCUUGUGCAAAGAAAAGUUUGGAGAUGACGAGGGAGGAGUACGACAGUAUGCCAGCGUGGAAGCAGGUCAACUUGAAGAAAACCAAAGGGCUUUUCUAAAUGCAGCCAGUAGAUGCCGCAGUUAAGUAUAAUGGAUACGUAAACCAGGUCAGGUCAUCAGCGUUUUUGGGCGGGUUGAGAGGGUCAGGAGCUGCCUCUCCUGAGUCGAGCCUCUUUUGUUCUUGGUCUUCCGUGUGUGUUUGUCAACUAAAUUGGUGCGAGUGUGGUUGAGAGGGCUGUUUUUACAGUGUGAAUGCAUGUACAUAUUAUGUAGCAUUUAUAUCUCUUUUUGUCUCAUUUGUUUGAUUCCUUUGGGAAAAUAAUUUAUAUUUAUGUCCAAGUAGGACAAAACUAAGCAUAUUAAAAUUUUACCGAGAUAGAAAACAAUGUGUUUAAUAGUGCUUUUUUUUUUUGGUACCAGUAAUCUUUUGUAAACCAUUUUGCCACGUCAUCAAAAAUAAUGCAACUUGUGUUAUGAUUGUUGUUUAAUUAAUGACUAACAAAAGAUGGUUUGAGAUCAUGUAAUGCAUUUUUUUAAACUACACUGUAGUGCCUUGCUUUUGUGUACAGUUUAUACAGUCUGCUUUAUGAGGACUUUUUUUCUGAUAAGUGAAAUAAAUGUGCAAAUGAA